AUGGCGAAAAAGAAGCAACAAGGAAAAGCAGUCGAGACUGUAGCCGCGGAGCCAGUGCCAGACGAGGAAGAAGAGGAUGAGGAAGAGGAGGAAGAAGAGCUGGAGCUGUUGCAAGUUGACUUGGGGGAUAUGGUGAAAUUGAAGCAAGUUCUGGAUGAGGCGGUAGCAAGCGUCCUGUUGGAAAAGUUAGACGAAGACUAUCGGUGGGACAAUUUCAAGUUGUCCAUCAUGGCCCUGGCAUGUAUCUUUGCCAUGGUGGCACAAUUCGCUCCCAUUCCAUUUCCCGAGUCGCGGCCUUUGUUGGGAGUCUGCGGCUGUGCCUACUUUUUGCUCAGUGGCGUUCUGCAAUUCAUUGCUACCUUCAUUGAUAAAGAUUCCAUACUGCUGACCAAGCCAUUGAGCCCGGACACGGAAGCCGGCAAGAAAACAUCAACAAAGAACGAAUUGCUCAAGAAACAUGGAGUCCGAGUGAGGUCCAACUUGCCACGAUUUUCGGAAUGGUACUCGGUGAUCCUAGAGCACAGAAUGGACGAAAAAGAGGCGAAAUCCCCCUUUACGGAACAAAAAUGGAGUGUCGGCAAAUUCUUUGACAAGGAGGGAUUCUUUGAUGAGUUUGGUUUGAUGAAAGAAGUAGAGGGCCUUUAUGAGAGGUUCGAGAAGGACAAAGGGCACUUCGAUUAG